AUGACUUACUCAUCCAGCGGGCCUUCACUCGCUCAGGCCCUGGAUAUGGAUGUCGAUCCUUCGCCUCCGGCCUUGCCUCUGGCUUCGUCGUCUUCCUCUCCUUCGUCGUCGUCCUCGGAUCUGCCCGGCCCUGCGUCUGCAUCUCACCACUCUCGCUCUGCAUCGCAUCCUCACUAUCACGCUCGUUCCAACAGCGCCAGCGACCAAGACGAGAACGACGACGAUAACGACGACAGCCACUCUCACAGCCACGUCCACCGCGCUCACAUCCAUCUGCACCAUCUCAGGGAUACCGCCGUUGAUGCAAACGACCACGAUCAGCUCCACAACGACGGCCACCAUUCCCGUCACUCACACCAUAGCCUGCACCGGCGCAAGACACCACCCAACCUCGACCUCCACGUUCCCCAGGACGGCAGCACCCCCGCCAAUGACCUAAAACCUCGCGCUGAGGAUAAUCUCGUCACCCAAGUUGUCCAGACUGUGUCCCUCGUUCAGGUCGUCGACUCUGUCGGCUCUCCCAUCGAGCUCCAAACCCAUAUUGGCGCCCCAGCUACCGUCGUCGUGGAUUCCGCCUCGGGCGUCACCGUCGCCAUUUCUAACCCGGAUCCUUCGCCGUCUGUGGCGGCAGCGGCGUCGAAUCCGGCAGCGACUUACAAUGUUCCGCCGCCUUCUUCCGAUGCCGCCCCCGCCGUCGAGACAGAUACUCCCGACAUGACUGAGCCCGAGCCGUCCACGCUUCUCCCUGACGCGACCGCCUCCCAGUCUGUCCCUGUUCCCGAUCCCGUCUCCGACACCACGCUGGCUCCCACGUCCGAUGUGCAGUACCAGUCUAUUACCAGCGGUCUUCCAGAGACGUCUGCUGCUCCUACGUCCUCGGAGCCGGAGACAACGAGUCAGGAGACAGCUUCGACGGAGGCUCCCUCGUCUGCCAUUGACACUACCUCUGAGCUCAGUGGGUCGCAGAACGCGACUACUGCCACCGCAACCACUGAAGAUCUCACUACAACAUCAGCCAAUCCUACGACGCUGACUGAUAUCACAACUGACCUCACUUCAGAAGCCACAUCUGAAGCUACUACGGAUGCGUCUGCCACCGAAUCAUCAGAUACCGUUUUCAAGCAGUCCUCGUCCACGACCAACACUCCGCAAACCGUGACUUCUUCAACCAUCACCAUCGUCUCUUCCACAUUCAUCACAUCCUCGACUGAGGCCGCGACUACCGAUGCCUCACAACUCAGCCUGUCAGACUCAAUCUACUCGUCAAUCGCCGACGAAAGCUGGACGUCGACCUGGUGGGGAGGAGACUACAGCGAGGGUGGAGGUGGCGGCGGUUAUGGCAGCGACAGCGAAGCAACGGCUCAAGCUCAACCACCCGCGGCGACAACCACAGCGGCUUCUAAUGACACGGAACCUGGUACGCUUUCACCGCAGCAGAAGCAAGUGAUUGGUGGUGUUGUGGGUAGUGUCGCGGGUGUGGCGUUCCUAGCGCUGCUUGUCAUGUUCGCCUUCAGGUACAAGAGGAAGCACACUAGCGGUCUCCUUGGAGAGAACCAGGCCGGUACUCGAGCAAUUGGUGGUCCUGGAGGUGAAAGCGGUGGAGCCAUGGCGGAGCGCGCUGGAGGAUUCUCCGUUGCUGCUGCUCUUGCAGGCUUGACUGGCAAGAAGCAACCGGCUCCUGAACCUGAACCGACCGGCGAGCGAGGAUUCUACAGAGUAUCGGGCAAGAAACUGCCCUCGGUCCUCCAAGUCGGCGGCGAUGGAUACUCAGACCCCCGGACGAAUCGUGAGAGCGUUAUGAGUGGCCACUCUGACUACUGGAGAGGCUCCAUGGCGUUUGAUCCCGGCGACCGAGACUCGAAUCGAUUAGCCCUGGGAUCACCCAUGCGUCCUGUCAGCGGCGUACCCGUUAUUCGAACGGGUCCGGCGCGGACGCCGAUCACGGAAUCAAAUCCGUUCUCCGAUCCGAUAACACGGCCGCGGCCCGACUCGGACGCCCUCGGCGGAUCGGUGGGUGGUGGAUCCGUUGCGUCGCAAGACGGAUCUGUCGGUUCACCACCGUCCCGAUUCCGUGAGAGGAUCUGA